GAACACGGAGGCAGCACGAAGGUAACUGGAGCUGGAAGGGUGAUAGGGGGAAGGAUACUCACUUGAAGGACUUGCCCAGAUUGCGAAAGACGUACUUGUUGCGUCCGUUCAGGUUAAUAUUCGCCUUAUCCUUGCUUCGGAUGAUCCUGUCCCAAAUAACGACCUCGUUCUUCACACCCUUGGCAUCCACAUACUCCGCCUGAAGGUACAGAAAGAGCUGCUUCGUGUUCCAGUGGAAGAGUGGCGUCAAGUCUGUGUGUAUUCACUCGUAAGUCGCCUGGUUGGAGCAAGGGCUACACUCACCAGCAGUAAGGUUGAAGUGCGCGAAGGUCACGUCCUGCCAUCGGUUCGGAUACCGGCGCAUGUGUCCCUCAUAUCUAAACAGCCUCCAUUUGAGACCUUCGCCAAGCUCAGAGACCACUCACAUGUUCAAUGAAUGCACGUUCAGGGUGCCUUUUGGUUCCGUCAUGAACACGAAGGAAGAGAGUGCAACGGCAGCCAGCAGCGCCAGCAUACAGGAAGAGAGAAAUGCAGAGACAUUGUUUAUUCUCGAGUAGACGGUAUGCAUCGUCGUGGAGUGGGAGGGAGAGUCGCUGCAAGUCGUUGCUGGAGUCUGGUGAGCGUGUCCGGACGUGUCAUCCGAGUCGGUUCGGGUGAUGGGAUCGGAGCAUCAGGCCGAGGCGAUCUGCCCGCGCGACGCGUGAACCGCCCGUCAGUUGGGCCAAACAUGUUACUCUUGGUUUCGCUCCUCGCCGUCCUCUGCGCUGGCAGUGCCCAAGCGGCGACCACAACCAACACCAUUGCCUCUCUCCAUCCCUCACUACCUGCUACCUGACACCGACACUGACACCACCACCGACACUGACACCAGUGCUGCGCUCGCAAGACCAUGUCCGAGGCCAAGAUUAUCCAUCGUAUUAUCCGCCGCGUCGCUGGUUGGGCCGUGGUUUCGUUCUUCAGCGAAGUACAUGUUAUUGGUGAAGAGAAUGUCCCCAGGGACGGUCCUAUCGUUGUGACUGCAACACACCACAACAUGGUCAUUGACCCAUGCGUUCUUUCUUAUGCAUUUCCGUACGGCCGUAUCUUGCACUAUUGGGCGAAGCAGUCCUUGUUUAUGGGCUCAGUUACGACCUAUAUUCUGACCUCCGCCGGAAAUAUCCCUGUCGACCGCAAGACGAAGGACCGGCGGAAGCUCUUCGCAGGAACGAUGGAAGCGCUGGCGAAGGGGACUGCGGUAGCACUGUUCCCAGAAGGCACAAGUUAUACGGAGCCUCGGAUUAUGCAAGUGAAGGAUGGCGCUGCAUGGGCUGCGCUUGAAUACACGAAGUGGAUAAAAGAAAACGGCAGCGAUGCACGCCCGGUAACUGUGGUGCCAACUGCCAUUGUAUACACGGACAAGAGCAAGUACCGGAGCAGGGUGAUUAUGGAGUUCGGCAAACCCAUUACUAUGGAGCCAUUCACCGAACAGUUCCUGUCCUCCGAGGAAGGCGCUGCCAGAGCUGCGGUCAAACGACUCACAGCAACCAUCGAGCGCGAGCUGGUCGAAGCAACGGUCAAUGCACCUGACUGGGACACUAUGUACUGUGCGCGGAUGGCACGGGAGCUGCUUUGGGAAAGCGAGCGGCUCAUCAGCUUGGACGAUUUCGCGCCGAUAACACAGACCCUCGUCGACCUGUUCUGCACGCCUGACCUCGUUCCGCGGUUCAACGCGACAAAGAAGGCGCUGCUAACGUACUACUCGCUUCUACAGUCUUCGAACCUCACAAACUCCGCGCUUUCGACGCUCCCGCUCCCGCUGGACCUUGACCCCAAUCGGCCGGUGGCCUUGCCCUCGCGAUUGCGCACUCUCAGCGUGCUAGUCGCUGAGUCACUCGCAGCGUUUGUGCGCCUGCCGUUAUUCCUUGUCCCACUGCUAGUGCAUGCCCCGGCGUACUUCUUUGGGCGCGUUGGCGGAAAGCUCGUCGAAGACGAAGAGGAGACACAAGCACAAAACAAAGUCGCGUUCGGUCUACUGUUUCUGAUGAUUGUGUACACUUCUAUUGGCGUCUUUGUCUGGUCGAUGCUUUGGUACACUACAGCUGGAGCCUUCCUCGCGACGGGCUUUGUUUUCCUCUUUGCUUGGUAUCACAACUCGCUCAUCGACGAAUACUAUGACCAUGCAAAGCGCCUCGUCGCAGCCUGGCGCGUGCUCGUCGGCGUGUGGGCACCGAAGCACUGGGAUCUCACGGUCCCCGCAUUAACGCAGUACACUGUGCCGCGCGUACCCCCCGAAAACGUAUGGGUUGACAAGCCACGCUCGCGACCUUCAACACCCCGUCUCGACGCGUCACCUGCACCGGUUGUCGACAAGGGCUCUGACGUGUCUGGCACGUCCAGGGCCGAAAACGGAACAGGCGCAGGCACAGAAGGCACCCCGAAGACGAAGAAGCAUCGCCGCCCACCAUCACGGCGGCUCGUACGUCAUGUUCUGCGUGCACGGAUUGAGGCAGUCAAGGCGCUCGCGGCGUUGUUCGCUCGUCUGGAGCGCGCGCCAGAGACGCGGGUCCGCGCGUCUACCCAUCUCGCGCGUACGUUUGGGGGCACCGUGGAUCCCUCUCCCGACCCUUCUAGCCCGCGCGGAUGGCGCGAGGCGCGCGAGAUCGUCGCGUUCCUGAGAGAGCGCGGCGCCAAGGUCGCAACUCUACGGGCCCGAGUCGCAGGCGAGUGGGCGGCGGCGCUGAGCAGCGAGGGCGAGGGUGAGAUGACGGACGUGGACAGCGGCGUCGAGGACCUGGUGUGGGUGCCCUCCAGGUCGGACUCCCGAGCGGAUUUGGCGAGCAUGAAGACGACGUAAGCGCAUGGAGUCGGAUGUCGCUGUGGUCACCGAGGUCUACACGCUGCUCCUUCCUCGUUGCUAUUCUUGCAGUAGGAUGUUGCUAUGGAUUUACUGUUUACCUGAUCUCCGUCUUAAUGUGACAUCGUUGACGGCUGUGCGCUCGUGG